GCACCACGUGAAUCCCCAAUUCCCCAAUUUCCCUUUCCCUUUAUUUAUGCCAUCAUCAUCUCUCUCACGAGAAGCCUAACCAAGAGAAGAGAAAACAAAAAAGAGAGAAAGAAAGAUGAGUAGUAACGGCCAUGGAUGCUGCAAAACAGGGCCAGGCUACGCUUCACCGCUGGAAGCCAUGUCUGGUCCAAGAGAGUCUCUCAUUUAUGUCACCUCUGUCUAUUCAGGAACGGGAAUUGAGAAGCCUGACUAUUUGGCCACAGUGGACGUAGAUCCAAACUCUCCCACUUAUUCCAAAGUCAUCCAUAGGCUACCUGUUCCUCAUUUGGGUGAUGAAUUGCAUCACACUGGCUGGAAUUCGUGCAGCUCUUGCCAUGGAGAUCCCUCGGCUCAGCGACGAUUUCUCAUCGUGCCUGGGCUCGUAUCGGGUCGCGUAUAUGUUAUUGAUGUGAAAACAAAUCCAAAGGCUCCAUCUUUGCACAAAGUUGUUGAUCCUGCAGAUAUCAUUGAGAAGACUGGAUUAGCUUAUCCACACACCUCUCACUGCCUUGCUUCUGGUGAAAUUAUGAUCUCAUGUCUUGGAGAUAAGGAUGGAAAUGCUGAAGGCAAUGGGUUUCUUAUUCUUGAUUCAGAGUUUAACGUGAAAGGAAGGUGGGAGAAACCAGGGCACAGUCCACAAUAUGGAUAUGACUUUUGGUACCAACCACGACACAACACUAUGAUAAGCACAUCAUGGGGUGCUCCCAGAGCUUUCACGAAAGGUUUUAACUUAGAGCAUCUCUCUGAAGGAUUAUAUGGCAGGCAUCUCCAUGUAUAUGACUGGCCUGGGGGCGAACUGAGACAAACACUGGACCUUGGUGAUUCAGGGCUUCUACCCUUGGAGAUAAGGUUCUUGCAUGAUCCUGCUAAAGAUACAGGUUUUGUUGGGAGUGCAUUGACAAGUAACAUGAUACGAUUCUUCAAGAACCAAGAUGGAUCAUGGAGCCAUGAGGUCUCCAUAUCAGUGAAACCACUGAAAGUGCAAAACUGGAUUCUUCCUGAAAUGCCUGGGCUUAUAACUGAUUUUCUGAUUUCUCUUGAUGACCGGUUUCUGUACUUUGUAAACUGGCUUCACGGGGAUAUAAGGCAAUAUAACAUUGAGGACGUUAAAAAUCCUAAACUGACUGGACAAGUAUGGGUUGGUGGACUUAUCCAGAAAGGAAGCCCUAUUGUAGCUGUAACAGAUGAUGGAGAAACUUGGCAAGCCGAGGUUCCAGAGAUUCAGGGGAAAAAGUUGAGAGCGGGCCCUCAGAUGAUUCAAUUGAGUUUAGAUGGGAAGCGGCUGUAUGCAACAAACUCACUAUUUAGUACAUGGGACAAACAAUUUUAUCCAGAUCUUGUCCAGCAGGGCUCCCACAUAAUACAGAUUGAUGUUGAUACUGAGAAAGGUGGUCUGAAAAUCAACCCCAACUUCUUCGUCGACUUUGGAACUGAGCCUCAUGGUCCUUCUCUUGCCCAUGAGAUGAGAUAUCCUGGUGGUGACUGUACUUCAGAUAUAUGGAUUUAAGCGCACAUCUCAUUAUUUCCCUUUGAUAAACUUAUCUAUAAUAUGUUUGCAAUGGGUUAUUUUGCUAUAAAUAAUGAUAUUGUCAAGACAGUACGCAAUUUCACAAAUGGGUUAUGCUCAUCUAAAAACCCUCUUUCUUUGUC